UAAUGUGAGAAUACGUGUGAAUGUUAACAUAUUAGUUGGAGUUAUGAAGAGAAAUCAUUACCCAUUAAUAACCGUGGAUACCCGAAACCCGAACGGGUAUGGACAUGGUUUUAAUUUUCUACCCGUUUUAUAUGUGGGUAUGGGUAUGGGUAAAACCCGAACUACUUUGGGUAGGGUAACGGAUAUGCACUAUCCGUCCCCGACCCGACCCAUUGCCAUCCCUAGGCUCGAUCGACCAUUUUGUGAACAUAGUCGACCGCUUCCUUGUUCUGCUGCCUAGACCGAAUUUGUUUCAAAUUCGGUCAAACCCUAAAAAACUACCUCUUUUACUACAUUAUGCAGCAACCUCCUCCACCACUCAUUUUUCUAUCUUCACCUCUUUCUCACUUUCUUCUUUUCUCUCCUUUCCCUUAUUCUUUUACCACCAAAAACCCUAGAAGAAGCACAAAAACCUCCAAUAAACCAAUUCACAGUUGCUCAUAACCAGAAUAAGGUAUGUUUCUCAUUUGUUCAUGUCAUUUGGUUUAUUUUUUGUUCGUUCAUAUUGAAUAGCAUGUUUUUACCAAACUCCCAAAUCUGUAAAAUCAGAUAGUGACUAUUGUUCGAUAGAAUCGGUCGGCAGCUUCCUUUCCUAGUGGACCGACUCUGUUUGGAUUCAGAUUAUGAUCUGUAACUCUCGAUUUGAUUUGAAACCCCCAAAAACUGUAAAAUCAAAUUUCUGGUUGAUGUUCGCCAGAAUUGGUCGGCCGCUUCCUUUCCUGGUCGAUUUGCUCUAUUUGGAUUCGGAUUAUGAUUUGCAACUCUCGCUUUGAAACCUCCAAAAUCUGUAAAAUUGGAUUUUUGGUUGCUAUUCUCCAGAAUCGGUCGACCGCUUCCUUUCCUGGUUGACCGACUCUAUUUGGAUUUAGAUUAUGAUUUGCAACUACCGAUUUGAUUUGACCAAAAUUAGGUUUUCUGGUUCGCUGGGUGUCAACGAGUGCUUCUGGUUGCAAAAAUAGGUCGACCUAUUUACUGUGAGGUUGACCUAUUAUGUUUGAUUUUUGUAGAUCUUAGCAAAGUGGAUUCGUGUUUGGUUGAUUUUUGCUUCUGCUUGGUAUAGAGAGGUCAACCUAUUUACAUUGAUUUCGUCGAUCUUAGCAAGUGGAUUCGUGUUUGGUUUAUUUUUGCUUCUGCUUGGUACAGAGAGGUCGACCUAUUUACCUUGAGGUCGACCGAGUCUGUUGUCGGUUGCUUCUGUUUGGUACAAUUUGGUCGGCCUAUUUACAGUGAGUUCAGUUAUGUUGUCCUUUGCCUAAUGUGGAUUCUCGUUUCUUUGAUCUCAGGAUGGAUAGAGGAAAGAAGAAAAGAAAGACAUCCAAAGCGGUUGCCUCAAGUUCUGAAUGAGAAUAGUUCAACCUAACUCUGUUUCAGAACAAUGAGCAAAGUGACAAAUAUGAAGAGAGGAGAAAGCACAACCGAAGGGUGGCUCUUGGAAGGCCAUUAAAGACUGAUGUGUAUGCUCAUUUCGAAGAUUACAAGUUCCUUGCAUCAUUUGUGGAGCAAGAUUGGCUGAAGGUGAUAUCUCUAGAUGUACUAUACUACCCAAAAAUGGUACAAUACUUCUACAACAACAUCGUCUAUCAGCAUUCUGCAAAUGGAUUGAUUCAUGCUUUUAAGAGCUAUGUGAAUGGGGUGGAGAUGCGUAUCACCAAGACUGUGUUGGCAAGAGUACUGGAGACUCCAAACAUGAGGAAGAGAAUCGAUUCUUACAAUGCUUGGAAUGAAACUCAUUUCUCGAGAGCCAGGCAAAUUAAGACUGUACGUGGUCUUGCUGAAGAGGAAGAUGUUGAGGAUCGCAGUAGGCCAACGAUUCGUCAAUUGGCAGUUCAAGCCAGAUUUCUUCACCACAUGCUUUCCCAAAAUAUUCUUCCAAAGGGUGGACAUCGGGAGGCAGUCACCUACUUUGACAUGGAGCUCCUCACCAAACUACUUUCACAUGAGAAGGUGAAUUUACCAUACUUGAUAUUUAAACACAUGUUUGUUGUUGCUGAUAAUUCAAACAAGAAUAUUCCCUAUGGGAUUAUCCUGACUUUGCUAUUUUGGUGUGGAUUUAAGUGGUGAGGUUGGCAUAAGAGUCACAAGGUAGAAGUUCUACACAGUUACGUCUAUGAAAAAGAUGAUAUUUGAGAUGCAUGAUAGUGUGUAUGUCCGAGCAUACAAUCCUCAUGUAGUCCAUGAUGAUGAUGAUGAUGAUGAUGAUGAUGUUGUUGAUGAUGAUGAUGAAGAGCCCGGAGAUGAGCCAAUGGCUCAACCACAGAGUUCAACUCCACCAGUCACCCUAUAUUGUAUAUAGGACCGCAUGAAUGACAUGUACAAUUACAUGGGACUGAUGUCCACCCAGAUAACUGACAUUUACGAAUACACGGGGCAGAUGACCAGUCAGAUGAGCAUACUACAGGUGACUGUAACAGAGAUGUGAGAUGAAUUUCGAUGUUUCGGUGAAAGAUUCAUGCAUCCCACCACAUCCGACAACCAUAAUGCUAGCACCACCAAUGAGAAAAAUGCGGAUGAGUGAGAGAGGGGAGAUGUGUAGGAACUCAAUGAUGUUAGAUUGUGCUCUUUUGUUGUUAAGUCUUUAAGACAAUUUGGUUUGAAAUAACUAUGAUCGUGGAUUGAUAUUAUGUGGUUUUCGAUUUUAGGUUGUAUGAACAAUUAUGAGUUGUGUUUUAUUGUAUUUCUUGUUAGUGUAUUGAGUUGUUAUGUUAUGAAGUUAUAGUUUCUAACUAUCAUGAUUGAGUACUGAUUCUGUUGGAUCCAAACAUAAUUUGUAUAAGCAAACUAACACACACAUUGAUAUACAUAAGCAAAAAAGUCGAAGGCCUCAUAGGCUGAAUUUCCUAUACGAGGUCGACCUUUUACUGUAUGCAAUCGACCGCGACUCCAACACUUUUGAUCUAUGUUUCACGUCAAGAGGAUGGAUGCAUGGAUAGUACUUUAGUCUUCUAUCUGGUCGACCUCUUUCUGUAAAAGGUCGACCAAUUCGGUAAUAACAGCCAUCAAGUGAUCGACCUCCUUACGUUUAUGGUCCACCAUUUAGCUUCUGACUAAAUUGAAAGGUCGACCGAAUUUUUAUUGUGGUAGACCAUUAAGGUAUCAACUAACUAAAAACGGUCGACCACUAUAUGUUAAUGGUCGACCGUGACGUUUCAUCAGAGUGACCACGAUAGUGAAUUCGGUCGAACGCAUGACGCAUAGGUCAACCGAAUUGUGCAAGUAACGGUGACUUGCAAGACACCAUAGGCGUGAUAAAAGUUAAAUAAAAAUUAAUUCAUAAUGUCGUUUUACAAUGAACUAUGACGGAUUUUCAUACCCUGAAAUGUUUGCAAAAAACAAUAUUCAUCGCUUGUUGCAAAUCAAAUUUUUUUAUAUAACAACUGAACAAUUAUUAAUAAAUUGGUCACUCAAUCGAUUCUGAAGAUGGUUCUUGAUUAUCUUCAUAACUAAAAAGGCCAUUUCGUAGCAACUUUGCUUUACCAAAAACAACAAAUGAGUUAGCUGGACUAAAACAAGAAAUGCAAUCCAACAAUCAAGUUUAGCUCACCAAAUUCAAACCAUAAUCUAGGACAAAUCUAUUCAAUUCACCUAUCAAUUACAAUUUUACAAGUUAUAGACAUAUAAACAAUCUAUUUUCUCAUACCACAUUUCCAAAUUUAUUGUAUGUACAAUUUAAGUAUGAAGCAACAAAAAUCCAUAUAAAUUGUGACAAAAAUUGUUAAUAGCGUGUUGAAUUUUUAUGGGAUGUUGCUGUAAUAUUGAUCAUUUAGAAAUAUUUAGAACUUAUAAUUCACUAAUAUUUUCAAGUGAAUUGCCAUAAAGAAAUCAAUACUGCUUUGUAUAAAAAAAAAUUGUGACGUAUUUUAAUUUUUUGGUAUAUUACCAUGGUGACUAUCGCUAAUAAAAAAUAUAGUUCUCUCGUUGUGAAUGAUCAAACAAAACGUACAAAAUUGUAAUAGGGAAGAAAGUUGGGAGUGGAACUGAAAACAGGACAACAUCAUAGAAGAAACAACCUAACGUUAUUAAGUUAUAAACAUAUAUUAUGCACUAAAUUAAACUAAUCUAA